UCUGACCUCACCAACAAGCGGGCUGCGGAGCUUCGAGCCAAAAGCGGGUCGGUUGCUUCAUCUUUCAGGUCUUGGAAGCUCGCACACAUCCAUCACACACCACACCACCUCGAAUUGAGCCUGCCGACGACGCAGCACUUCCACUGCCAUGUUCCCGCAGCGCAUCGUCCGCGCUGCGCCGCGCUUCACUGCGCAGCUUCGCGCCCAGGCCCAGCGUCGUUUCGCCAGCACCGAGACCGAGAACGCCUUUAUCCGUGAGCGCCGCCAUGUCAAGGAGCACGCCCAUGCCACCACUGAGCUGUGGCGCAAGAUCUCCAUCUAUGCUGUCCCUCCCGCUCUGAUCCUCGCCAUGCUGAACGCAUACAACCUGUGGAACGAGCACUGGGAGCACUGGUCGCACAUGCCCCCUCUCGAGGAGCGCGUCGAGUACCCCUACCAGAACCUCCGCACCCGGAACUACCCCUGGGGCAACGGUGACAAGACCCUUUUCUGGAACGACCAGGUCAACUACCACAACAAGGACAAGGAGACCUAAGUUGGAAGGCGAGGAUCAAUCGUAUCGUCCUUCGUGGGGCACCCAAGGACAAUGGGGAUGUACAUGCAGACGGAGGGAGAAGUGCAGCGAAAGCCGACAACCAACUGUACAUGUUUCCUAGAGUCGAAGAGCUUUGGUUUAGAGACCGGACCCGUUUCCUGGUCGACGUGCAGUGAUUGCCCCGAGUACGUUGUGCCACUUGUUUCCAGGUUUGUAAUCCCUCAGCUCCCAUUUCCAGAGAGACACAGUCUAUGUCUAGUCCACCAGCGCGAGACACUAUGAGGGAGAGGCCACCCAGGCUAGGUUGAAAGUGCAGGGAGAUAG